AUGGAUCGAUACUGGGAAGUCAAUCUUUGGCAACCAACCAUUAUCAACGACAGAGGAAGUAUGCAACCGUUUGAUUCCUUGCUCCUCACUGAAAUUGAGAGAUGUCGCAAGAGUCUGAGGGAAUACACUAGAGCCCUGGCUCUUUUUCCCUACACGCCAUGUCACUGGAGAAAUCGAUCUGCAGUUCUUUUGAAAUUGGGAUAUCCGGAACUCGCUGCAGCGGAUGCUUAUAAGGCGCUUGUAUUGACGACAUAUGUGUUUGAUGGGAAGUGUCUCGGCUCGAGAGUAUGGCUUGAGAUGGGAAUGGCGGUAUGGUAUCGAGACUUUAUCAAGGGAAAUCCAUGGGAUGUGAAUUUCUCCGCGAAAAAGUUGGGCGUACAGAUGCUUGAUUCGUUGAAGCACGAGCGGAAGCAAGCCUAUACCCAAUUAAUCUUCUCCCUCGACCAUCUCCAAGCUCUUCCGGACAUCAAAUCCAUAACCACAGAAGCAUUAAGACAUUACCCAGACGAUAUCACAUUUCUCCGUUCCCAGGAAGCCGCAACCUCUGCGUACGAAAGGAAUCGAAUUCUCAUAUACGAACAGUCCUUAUCCGAUGGUGUCAAGUGGAUGAAGGCAGAGAUGGGAGCAGUAUGGAGUAAACCAUAUCCAUGGGCCUCAGGGUUCCAUACCAGAAGCAAAAGCUCAAUCAAACCCGCCAAUAUAGCGCUGAAAAAGUGCUCAAAGGUACUCCGAAUUCGACCUUCUACUGUAGCUGUACCAAACUCAGAUGGAGCUUCUUAUGGCAUGUUUGCAAGUCAAGAUAUACAUGAAGGUGAUAUCAUUAUCGAGCGCAGCCCAGUCUUAUCAAUCAGUGGCUUACAAUUAAAGAAACAUUUAAGCAUGAUAGAUUCAUUAAUAGGAGAAACGAAGACGAAAUCAAAAACAUCCCCAGGAAAUUGCUUCAAUUGUUACGGGCUCUUGAACGAAUCUGGCCCAAAAUAUGGAUUUCAAUCACGAAGGAGCUGCUCAAGACCCCUGGUCCUUAGGGAUCCGCAUCAUCCAGCCUUUAAAAUUCUGGAGAUGCUUGGGAUAGAUAUUUUCGCGAAUCAAUGGUAUGAUACCUGGGUAUUGAAAACUCUGUGGCAAAUAUUCAGGGUCAACUCGGCGGGAGAGUAUAAUGCAGAAGAUGAGUACGGGUGCUGGGUUGAUGGCUUAUACGCAAUGUUUAACCAUAGUUGUGAGGAGCCGCGCAUGCUGGGUACAUAUAUCCAGGACUUUGAUCGGGCGGGCUCGAAAUUUCAAUACUGCGCUCUGAGAGAGAUCAAAAAGGGAGAAGAGGUGUGUGUCAGUUAUAUUAAAGUAUUAUCGGGAUCGAAAAUGGAAAGACGCAAAGCCCUUGCGUCAUGGCUCUCCGGUGAUUGUAGGUGCAAGAGAUGUUUGGCUGAAUAG